AUGGACUCUGCUAGUGGUGGUUGUGAUGAAGGUUAUUCCACAGACAUUGGUGUAAAAGGCAGUGCUUGUGAUAUGGAAAUAUCACCUUGUAUGACUAAGUAUUGGCGUCCAAUUUGUGCCAACAGUUUGAAGCCUCAUGUUGGGCAGAGCACAACUCAGAAGGGUAGAGAUGGUGUUAUUGUCUUGAAGCAUGUUGUCAAUCGCAAUCUUGAUGCUGGCCAUCAAAUUUUCGUUGCAAGUUGUGUUCGGGCAAAUAUUGGCCCUACUCGGUCGUAUAGGUUAUUUAAGGAGAUUGCUGGUGAGUAUUCUAAUGUUGGGGCUAUAAGUGUGGACUUUCAAAAUUUCAAACGUGAUUUAAUGGCGUACAUUUUGAAUGGUGAUGCUCAAUUGUUCAUAGAUACGCUGUUUAAAAGGCGUGAAUUGUGCGAAGCAUUUGGGUUUGAAUACGACGUUGAUGAGGGUGACCAGCUCUCAAGGGUUUUCUUCGCUUCAGUGUCAAGGAAGAACUUUUCUUUGUUUGGUGAUGUUGCUUCGUUUGAUGCUACAUACCGUACUAACAGGUAUAAUCUGAUUUUUGUCCCAUUUACUGGCAUUGAUAAUAAUAAGAGAUGCAUCACCUUUGGUGCUGGGCUGCUUACGAAGGAAGACAUAGACUCAUACGUGUGGCUUUUGGAGAGCUUUAAGAAAAUAAUGGGCCAUGAUCCUAUUUGCGUUGUUACAGAUCAAGAUCCAACUGUGACGGUUGUCGUUGCUCAAGUGUUUGGUGCGUCAAAACAUAGAUUUUGUAUGUGGCAUAUAAUGUGCAAGGUGGGAGAGAAGGUUGGACCAGUUUUGUCUAAAGACGGGGUGUUUAGGAGGAAGUUGAAUUGCAUCGUUUGGGAUAAUUCAAUUGAUCUCGAUGCCUUUGAGCUGCGAUGGAAUCAUAUUAUGGAGAAAUAUGGGUUGGGUUUGGUUAGGACCACAUCUAGAUCGAAGUCUCAAAACAGUUUCUUUGGUAGCUUCUCUAAUGUACAUUCUAGCUUGGUUGAAUUUUUGGUGCAUUAUGAUAGUGCUAUUGGUGCACAGUGGCAUGCUCAAGCAAAACUAAAUGCUGAUUGUGAAGUUUGUUUUCCAGUGUUGAAGACACCAUUGGCGUUGGAGCGACAUGCCAUGGGUGUUUACACAAUUUCUGUGUUUUAUGAUGUUUUAUGA